CCGGGCGAUGAGAAGCUGCUUCUGCGUGAGACGGAGCCGAGACUCGCCGCCGCCGCCGCCGCCUCAGCGGGGAACAGACCAGUCCAUCAUGCCUGAAGUGAAAGAUCUCUCAGAAGCCCUGCCUGAAGUGCCAAUGGAUCCCAUUACAGGAGUUGGAGUGGUUGCUUCUCGGAACCGGGCACCCACAGGCUAUGAUGUAGUUGCACAGACGGCAGAUGGUGUGGAUGCUGACCUCUGGAAAGACGGCUUAUUUAAAUCCAAGGUUACCAGAUACCUGUGUUUCACAAGAUCAUUUUCUAAAGAAAAUAGCCAUUUAGGGAAUGUACUGGUGGAUAUGAAGCUCAUCGACAUAAAAGACACACUACCUGUAGGCUUCAUCCCGAUUCAAGAGACUGUGGACACACAGGAAGUUGCUUUCAGAAAGAAGAGGCUGUGUAUUAAAUUUAUCCCUCGGGAUUCAACUGAGGCAGCCAUCUGUGACAUCAGAAUCAUGGGCCGUACGAAGCAGGCACCUCCUCAAUAUACCUUUAUAGGGGAACUGAACAAUAUGGGAAUCUGGUAUCGAAUGGGCAGAGUCCCGAGAAAUCAUGAGUCACCCCAACCCACAACUCCUUCCCCGUCAUCAGCUUCAACGCCAGCCCCUAACCUUCCAAGGCAUAUCUCCUUAACACUUCCUGCUACCUUCAGAGGCAGGAACAGUACACGAACUGACUAUGAGUACCAGCACUCAAAUUUGUAUGCGAUAUCAGCUAUGGAUGGAGUGCCUUUUAUGAUUUCAGAGAAGUUUUCUUGUGUUCCAGAAAGUAUGCAGCCCAUUGAUCUCUUGGGGAUCACCAUCAAAUCUCUGGCAGAAAUAGAAAAAGAGUACGAUUACAGCUUCCGGACGGAGCAGAGUGCCGCUGCCAGACUCCCACCCAGUCCCACUAGAUGUCAGCAGAUACCGCAGUCCUGAGGACCAGAAGGGAAGGAGGGGCAGGAGCCAGUGGAGAAGAGCUGCCCGGCACACACACACACACACACACACACACACACACACACACACACACAUACACACACACACACACACACACACAGAUACUACUGAAAGGGGAAGGCAGCCCCAUCCCAAAGCUGAGGAGUGUUCCUGGAGACAUUUCUCCAAACCCUUCCAUGGACCUUGGAGGACCCUUCUUUAACAAAAAAAAAAUCCACCCUUCUUCUUCACCCACUUUAACAUUGAGGGGGGUGGGGGAGUGAGGCACAAUUGUUUGUACGUGAUGGUUUCUGGAAUUUUAAAUUGUAAAAUUAUUUUUCAUCUGCUUAUCUAAUGCCUCCCCACCCUUAUCCCAAAGUCAUCCUGGGAAUUUUUUUUUCUUUAAUCAUUUGCCAUGGUGAUCAAUGGCCCCUUAAAAAGAAAAAAGGGAGAGGGCGAAUCUGUAUAAUACAACAUAACCUGCCCCUGGGAAGUCCCUCUGGAGUCCCAUAGUCACAUGGUUAAACUGGUCACACACUGAAGGUAUCCCCUGACUGGUGGCUGGUGACUGGCUUUGACUAAUGUUGGCUCUGGAAUAUUCCACCGAGUGUGCUUAACCUGUGAGCGUACCACUAAGAAAUUUAAUUGUCCUCAAUUGACUUUUUCAUGGGGUUGGUUUAGCCUGCAUCAGCACCUCUGGUGCUUGCUGGCCCAUCAACCCAGGUCCUUUGGUGACACAACCUCAAGCAGCCUGUUGGAAAAAAAUCACCUUUGGCUAUAAUCGGGAUCAAGCUCAAGGAAGUAUCUCUUUCCACCAGAGUAAAACUAAGAUGCUGGACUGGGUAACUUUGGGAACAUGCAUCCAGAACUGAUCUCUGAGGCUUCCCAUUGGACAAUUCUCUGGAAACAUCAGUUACCCCUGAUCCCUAGACUGGACUUGUUCAUUUCUUGGGAAAAGACAACUUCCACCCCCAAGCAAAGGUGGAUGAUGUUCUAGAGAAGAGCCCAAGUAUGGUCCUGGAGUUGUUGGGCUGCAGGUCACACAGGGAGCCACUUGCCCAUUUCUUGCCCACCCCAUUUGUAGUACCUCACUGGCCACAUGGGAGCCUUUGUCCACUCUCAACUCACCUGGUUGGAUGCUGAAAUGGAACGAGGAAAAUGUCCCAUUUUCCUCCCACCCCUUCAGCCAAGCACCUUCCUGGAGGCCUCUUGCCCAGAGCAUCUGCCCCUGCCUGCCCCCCCAAGGAAUGGGGCCUCUGCAUGGGGAUUCGCUUGCUUUCCAAAGCCAGGUGCAUGUCUGGAUGAUGCUUCUUCAUGUGACAAGUCAUUUCGAACAGUCCAUUUGACCUGUGCUGCUUUUCUAAGUCACGGCCAUGUCACAAAAUUCUGGCCGUGAACUAGAACUUCCCACUAAAUAGGUGUUGAGUGGAAGUUUGGGCUUUUUUUUGAUAGUCCUAGUGGCCCCAUCCCAUUGAAGACGUGUUUGCCCUAAUAACUGGUGUUGCCGUAGCUCCUGGCUUGCUCUGAUGCACAAACUUGUUUUUGCACAGCUAUGUCUGUAUUUGUUUGCUGUGGAGUGUUGUGGGUUUUUUGUUCGUUUUUUUCCCCUAGUUCACUAGAGUGUGAAUUUUUUAGAAUUUGGGUGUCACCAGAUACUGGAGAGAGUGUGUUUGAGAGGGUGCUUAAUGGUGCCCUGGGGAGGAUAGAGGUAGGUCAGGUAUGUCAUAUGUAACACAGCAGAGUGUGUUGAAGAGAGGAUGAGAUUGUGUCAGGAGAACCCACCUCUGUGUGACCCUAAGCAAGGCACUUAGCCCUUUUUUGGGCCUAGGGUUCCCCAUCUGCUAAAUUAAGGGGUGCAUUAGAUCCCUGAAUUCCCUUCCAGCUUUGAUCCUGUCAUCUGGGCAAAUGUCCCUUAGCAUUUUAUAGACAAAUAAGCCACAGGAAAAAAAGAACAACUUUCACAAAAGCACGUAAGUUAACAUCAGCAUCAAACCCCAGAUCUGAUUUGGAGGAUGAUAUUAACUCUGUUUUAUCCUGUGUGGUUUGGGUAUGACAGCUCUGGUAUGACAGGGCAAAACUGAGCAACACUGUUAAGACCUGUGCCCAGCUGUAGGAAGCAGCUGCCAGCUGGGAGAUGGCUCAGGUAGCUGGUGCUUUGAAAAAUACCUUGGGUGCAUACAGUCAGUCCAUAAACUCUUCUGCUGUCACCAAGGCCAAUCCAGGGAAACUAGUUCUCUCUCCCUCCCUUGUUUUCCCUUCCACGCACUUUCAUGUUGCCCUCAUAAGUCUUAAAUUUGGCGUAAGGUUUGCUCCUUCCAACCAUAGUGUGAAGAAGGGGUUAGACUAGAUGACCCAAGGUUCCAUUCAGCCCUAACAGUGGAGGAUAGGAAGCUUGAGGCCCAGAGAGGGAAAGAAAAUUGCCUAAGAUCACACAGGUACUUGGUAGCAGAGAGAGAAUUCAAACUCAGGUCCUCUGAUUCCAGGUCCGGUGUUGUGUUUCCAUGCUAUCCUUCCUCUCACUGCACCAUGAAGGUAGCUUCUUGUAUUCAUUUUAAUCUGUUUGCUCUUGUUUUAAAAAAAAAGGAAAGAAAGAAAAAAUGGAGAUGGGCCAUAUGAACCUUCUAGGGUCUUAUCACUCCUGAGUGAUAUUUGGAUUGAUCAUGAGACCGCCCUUCCCCCACCCCAAGCUCUCAGCCAAUUCCAUGGAGGCUGAAGAUCAACCUAAUUUCUCAUUUUUGUUUUAUACCCAACUCAGAAUCAGCCAGAUAUUAGGAAACCUAGCAGGUGAUAACCAAGAGCCAGAGAGGUCAGUAAAACAUGGAUAUCACUGUGGUCAAGCCUGUUGAGUUUCAUCCUCAUCAUAAGGCUAUUUGCUGCCUCUGGAUCUGAGUGUCAGUCAGCCUUUAUUUUUUCCCUCUCUUCUCUAGGUCUGUGACUGGUCUCAAGACAAGUCGGAACUUGUCUCUCAGUUCAUCAUCUUUACCUUCCAACUUUUCUUUUUCCAAGCGAAACUUUUUAGCACGUGUUGACCUGGACUCCUAGACUUGUAGAUUCUUUGUACUGGCAGGGACGACAGAGUGACUGGGCUGGUGCAGCCCCCGUAGCAUUUCAGAUCUCAGAGGAGCUGCAGAGGUCUGCUGGUCCAGGCGCCUUUCUGAAGAAGGAGUCCCUUCUACGAUGUCCCUGUCAAGCAAAGGGACAAACAAAGCACAUGACUUCUUCUUCAAGACCUCUACUUGAAAACCUUCCUAUUUCCCUUAGAGCAGGCAAGCGGUUACUCCUCUUCACUUUCAUAGAAAACUGACAAAAAGCCCUCGACCUUCCUAAGACUCGUCAUGUUGAAUAUUUGAAGAAAGGUGCAACUCAGAGGGUUUGGAAACUCCAGGUGCCAGGUCCUCUGUUUUAUCUAAUGGCACCUGAAGAAGAUUGCCGCUGGUUUCUGGCAACAGUGUUCUCAGAGGAAUACUAGCUAUGAGAGAAUAGAGGAGCUGCGCCGUCGUUAUUCAGGAUGAAAGGAAUAACACGAGGUCAUUGUUUCUGGGGGAAUCAGGUGAGCCCUUUGGUACCAGAGAGAGGCGACAGAGUCAGUUCAGUUCAAAAAGCAUUUUCUUAGUGCCUGGGGUGUACAGUACACUAUACUAGACACUAAGGAUGCAAAGAGCGAAAAAAUCGUCCCUUCCCUCAGGGUGCUUACAUUCUCAUUGAAAGGCAGCUGGACUGGGAGUCAGGAGAUGUGGGUUCAAGUCAGAGUUCUGCCUGAUAUGUGACUGUGGGCAAGUCACUUCCUCUCUGUGGUCCUCAGUUUCCCAGUCUAUAAGGAGGGUUAGAGACCAUCUAAUCUUUAAGGUCUAUUCCAACUCUGAAUCCUACAGUUCUGCAGACCUAAGAGAACUCAUGAGGAUGGCCAUUUUUUAAAGCAAAAGCUUCCCCCUUUAGAAUGAGUCUGGCUUUGCAUGUGAUAGUAUGGCCUCCCUCAGAAUCGGGGAGACUGAGGCUCAAGGUAGAACACUGAACAUGGACAUUUAUCUCCUGGGAAAGAUGAGCAUGGUGUCAAGAAAGGAGUAUAGUUUUUGGAGUCAAGAGGACCUGGGUUCAAAUUCUGUCUCCUUAUUAGCUGCAUGACGUUGGACAAGUAAAUCACUUACCCUGACUGGAUCCUAGUUUUCCUCUUCCACAAAAUGAUGGGAGUUGGAUUAGAUAAUCUCAAAUUGCUUCCAGGUCUAAAUCCUAUUAGGCUUUUCUUACGGUUCACUAUCCUCGGGCCUUCAAGCCUCUCACCUCAGAAAAGCUUUUAGAGAUCAAGGACCACUUGAACACUGAACAUACCUUCAGAUGAGCUCCCUUCCUGACCUUCCCCAGGCCAAACAACAGUCUCAAGCGUUUCCAGGUGACAUGUUGUCAACUAAUGUUUUCAGUAUUUAGUAUGGAGCCGUAUCGUUCAAAAUGUUGAACUUGAGUUAACCUGUGUGUUACCAGUAGUGACAUUUUUGAGACUAACAAUAAGGAAUUAGCUUCUGUAGCACAUUGACUGUGAAAUUUGUUUAAAAAAAAAAACCAGGUUAGGAUAAUUGUGUGAUGCCCAUAGGCAGAACACAUUGGUGUGGGCAUGUGUUAGAGUGUGUGUAUGUGUGUAUGUAUGUGUGAUAAGUCCUUUUAAACGAUUCCUAAUUCUGUCUUCUCUUUCCCCACUUAGAGUAGGAGAGAGGGUUGGGAGGACAGAUGAGCCAGUGCUCAGCAAGACAUUGUGAGUCUUGAAAUACCCUUUGUAAUGUCACCUAGUUUCUCUGUACAGUGUAGGUACAGACUUCUUACCUGGACCACUGAAUUCGUGGUGAAGAUGAUGAUGUCCGGAUCUAGAAUAGAGAUACUUGCAACUCAGAAGAUUUCUCCUGUUUGCAUAGUAUCAUAGGAUUUAUAACUAGAAGUGAACUUGGAGAUGAUCUUAUUCAACUCCAUAAUUUUAUAGAGGAGAAGACUAAGGCCCUGUGAGGUAAUUGCCAUGGCCAAAAAAAUGUUCACUAGACAACAACCUCUUGGUGACCACCUUCCUCCUCUUAUCCUUAAAGUUGGCUCUUUGAACAAUGGACCCGUCUAGAUCUUUCCUGAAUGUCUGCCAGAGCUGCUGCUUCUCUGGAAUAGCUUUAUCCAGCGUCCACCCCACAGUGAGGCAAUGGCCUUACAGUUGGCGUGGGAGUGGAGAAUUAGAAAUGUUCUUGAAGAUGUGAAGGGUCCCUUAUCUUGGGUCUCUCUAGGCCCUACAGGUACUUACUUCCAUUCCUUUCCCAGUCUCCCACCUCAUCUUACCAUUCAUCGUCCCGUGGUACAAGCCAAGCUACAUGUUCCUCUACUAUGUUAUUAUCUUCCUUCUGCAGAGGAGUCAAUCUUUCCAUUAAGACAAUGGAGAUGAGAAUUGUGCUGCUUUGCCCUUACCCCGUAGCUCAGUUGCAGACUAUCCCUUAAACCAGAAUUUUCCUCCCAUUGUAAGAAUCAGGGUGGUAUACAGUGGAAAGAACACUGGACCUGGGGUCAGAAGCCCUUAGUUUUUCUGACUCUGCUGCUCACUCCCUGGGUGACCUUGGCAAGUCAAUUCUCUUUGGUCCUCAGUUCCUUCACCAGUAAAAUGAGACGAGUUAUGGAGUGCAAAGGGAGCAAGGUGUAGAGUCAGGAGGUUUGGGUUUGAAUCCUGGCGCUGCUGCUGCUGCUGCUGCUGCUGCUACUGUGUAGGAUGAACAGGUUACUUCCCCUUUGGGGAAGGGGGCAGGGAGGACUCACUUUCUUCCUGUGUAAAGUAAAAGAGUUGGGUUAGAUUCCUUCCAACACCAUCAUCCUAUGACCAGAUGAUCUCUAAAGUCCCUUCCGUCGUUUGUAUCCUAUGCUUCUGAGAUGAGAUGGGUGGAUCAAACUUACUCUUUUGUAAGAUGGCUGCCGCAGGCAGCCUGUUGCUAGCUUUCCACCUGAGUGUGUAAUUCCUGGAGGACGUUGGACUCAAAAGUUCUCAAAGAUGACACCAAAUGGGAGCAGUGAGCAUGUCAAACCACAUUUGCUACCACUGGGCCAUUACAGAGGAUUCAUUGGCCUGUAGGGCAAAUCUCCCUGAAAGCUUGAGCAGAAGUGUCCCUUAAUUCUGGUGACUUGAAAAGCCAACCAUGGAAUAACAAAUUAACCCUAUUCAGCUUCUUACUCUCUAUCUUACGUGCUGAGAGAGGAACAUCUACGUGGAAGAUUGUAUCAUCUCACACCACCAUGAAGAAAGAAGCCCUUUAUGAAGUAGCCAGGCAGGGUCAAGAUGCUGUGCAUUUGCUGGGCUGUCAGAAUCGGACUAACUGUGCAUUGAUCUCAUUAUGUUAUUACCUUUUGUAUUUAUUUUAGGUGACUCCUGUAUUUUAUAAAGGGAAGUUUCACUGUGUGAUUAUUAAUCUGUAUUCUUAAUAUAAUUUGUUAAAUAAAAGUUUGUUUUAACCACUUCUCA